AUGUUUAACGGUAUGAUGGAUCCUGAUUUGAUCAGAAUCGCUCAGGAACAGAUGAGUCGCAUGUCUCCCGCUGAUAUGGCUCGGAUCCAACAACAGAUGAUGUCAAAUCCAGAUUUGAUGAGGAUGGCUUCGGAAAGUAUGAAGAAUAUGAAUCCUGAAGAUUUUAAACUUGCUGCUGAACAGUUGAAGCAUACUCGGCCGGAAGAAAUGGCUGAGAUUGGUCAGAAGAUGGCUAAUGCGUCGCCGGAUGAAGUAGCGGCUAUGCGUGCUCAUGCUGAUGCUCAGAUCAAAUAUCAAUUGAGUGCGGCAGAGAUGUUGAAGAAGCAGGGAAAUGAACUUCACAAUCAAGGAAAGUUCGAUGAUGCUUUGCAGAAGUAUAAGCUGGCCAAGGAGAACAUCAGAGAGAUUCCAUCUUUUCAAAGUAGAAAACUUCUUUUGGCGUGCUCACUUAACUUGAUGGCCUGCUACUUGAAGACAAGGCAGUAUGAUGAAUGCAUAAAAGAAGGUUCUGAGGUUUUGGCGUAUGACGCAAAGAACCUUAAGGCUCUUUAUCGAAGAGGUCAGGCAUAUAAGGAACAAGGCCUGCUACAGGAUGCUGUCACUGAUUUGAGCAAUGCACUUGAAGUGUCUCCUGAUGAUGAUAUAAUUGGAGAGCUUUUAUGGGACACCAAGGAACAGUUGAUAAAGGAAGGUGGUGAUUGUGCUCCUGGAAGAUUAGUAAUUGAAGAAAUAACUGAAGAAAUUGAGAAUGUGCCUUCUGGAAUCAAUAGAAGCUCUUCUUCUGAACAAACAUUUGAUCAACCAAAGAAGUCUGGCGACUCUUCUAAGAGUUACAAUAUAGCCAACAAUGGAAAUCUAAAAUCAAAUUCAGACAAUAUAGAUACACUGAAGAAAGAUCCAGAAGCCAUCAGAUCAUUCCAAAAUUUUAUUUCCAAAGCUGAUCCUGCCACUCUGGCUUCUUUGAACAUGGGACAAUCCCAAGACGUGUCUCCAGAUAUGAUUAAAGCGUCUUCGGAUAUGAUAGGCAAGAUGUCACCUGAGGAACUUCAAAAAAUGCUCGACAUGGCAUCUUCAUUUCAAGGGAACAACCCCUUUCUCAGAGGAGGUUCCUCUGAUUCUCCUUUCAACUCUGGAUCAAUUCCUCCCAAUGUGACACCUGAUAUGUUUAAAACAGCAAGUGAUAUGAUAAGUAAAAUGCCACCAGAUGACCUUAAGAAGAUGUUUGAAAUGGCAUCCUUAAUGAAGGGGAAAGAAUCUAUUCCAUCAGCAGCUGUAGACAAGAAGGAAAGAAAUUUUUCACAGUCAAACUUCCCAUCCUCAAGCACCACUCGUGCUUUUGGAGAAUCAAGUUCUUCUGACAAUGCGUUUUCAAAUAUUAUAAAUGCUUCAGAGCCAAACUUCCCAUCCUCAAGUACUGAUUUACAAGAACAGAUGAGAAACCAGAUGAAAGAUCCAGCUAUGCGGCAGAUGUUCACAUCAAUGAUUAAAAAUAUGAGCCCAGAAAUGAUGGCAAACAUGGGAAAACAAUUUGGUUUCGAUCUCUCACCAGAAGACGCUGAAAAAGCUCAGCAAGCCAUGUCAUCCAUAUCGGCAGAGAAAUUGGAGAAAAUGAUGCUUUGGGCGGACAGGCUUCAAAGAGGAGCUGAAUGUGCAAAAAAGACAAAGAACUGGUUUCUUGGGAAAUCAGGCUUUGUCUUUGCAAUAUGCAUGCUCAUUUUGGCUUUCAUUCUUCACCGGUUAGGUUUCAUUGGUAGCUAG